GAACCUAUCAGACGCAUGUUGUGUUGUGUACAAAAAGAAACGUCAAAACGUCGAGCGAACCAAAACGAAACGGCCGGGUUUAAUAAGCAACCCACUGGAUAAAAACCGCAAAGGAUCAGGCACAGGACACACGAUUGUUUACCAGAGAGAGCGAGAGCGGCGGACCCGUAGCGAACCGCUCCCCCAAGAAGCGGCGGCCCCAAAAAAUUCGCCCGCAAGAGAAUCCACCAAAACCACACACACACACAGACGCACGCUCGGCACACUCACACACACACACACACGCGCGCAACCAAGGAGCAAAAGAAGAAUUGCGCCAGAAGAAGCAGCAGCAACUAGAAUCUACAGAAUCUACGGGAGAUCCACAGGUUCUUCUUCUUGCAGCGGUAGAAGCAGCGGCCGAAGGAAUCACCAGUAAUUACCUAGUAGGAUCCAGGAUCAGCGGAAUCAGCAUUGCCAGGAUGAGCAUGGAGAAAGUAGCCAGCAAGCAGUACGAGUCGAAAAUCUGGCCAGAUCUCGUCGACAGCGACGACAGCGAUGUGGAGAACGAGAUAGACGUGGACAAGCUGCCGCCGCUGGAGGUGGCGCCCGGCGAGAACCGGCUGCAGCACACAUACUGCCUCUGGUUCUCCCGCAAGGGGACGCAGCGGGCGGCCGCCGACUACAGCAAGUCGCUGCACGUGGUCGGCCGGUGCGCCAGCGUGCAGCAGUGGUGGUCGCUCUACUCGCACCUCAUCAGGCCCACCGCCUUGAAGCCGUAUAGGGAGCUCAGCCUGUUCAAGCAGGGCAUCAAGCCGAUGUGGGAGGACCCGGCGAACAGCAAGGGCGGCCAGUGGGUGAUACGGCUGCGCAAGAACAAGAUCGAAAGGGCCUGGGAGAACGUCUGCAUGGCGAUGCUCGGCGAGCAGUUCCUCGUCGGCGACGAGAUAUGCGGAAUCGUCCUACAGACCAAAUAUCCGGAGGAUAGCUUAUCAGUAUGGAACCGGACUGCCACUGAUAUGACCAGUACAACACGUAUCCGUGAUACGUUACGCAGGAUAUUAAAUAUACCUCUAACAACGGCAAUGGAGUAUAAGAUACACUGUGAUAGCCUUAAAUAUGUUUCAAUGCCCAGGCGUCGAAAUCGAAGGCUGGGGAAUCUGUUUAAUAAAAAUCGAUACUCAUUUAAUUCAAGAUACGGAAGAUCAUAGCUAAAAGUCUUUGAUGAUCAAGUCAUUUGUGAUUUUGGAAAUGUUUAUGGUUUAAGAAGGGACGUGCAUAGAAAAUCCACUAAUUUAAAAU